AUGCCACCGACCCCGUUGCGGCGGAGAGCGACCUCCGCGGAACCCCGGCGGGGCUCACUGCGCUGUGGUAACACCGCCGCGACAAGCAGUAGACGCAUAGGUGUCCGUUCGGGUAAAAGUAGCCAAGGAAAUGAUCUUACUGCUCCGUCCGUGGCUACCGAAGUUAUGUUGGAGGAUACACCGUCGUUUUUCCAGGGUAUUACCGGCGUUAGAAGUGUUCCCAUGUCCCACCAGCUAUCCGGAGACCAGGACUAUGCUCAGUUGAUGCCUGGUGAGACAAUCUCCACGGGGGGUAACAGCCACAAACGCUCGGGUCAGCAGACACAAGACAAGGUGAUGUGGAUUGAGUUGGGUCUCUGCAAGGCCCUUGUCCGCGCCAUUAGUCACAUAGGGUACAUUUCACCCACACCCGUACAGGCACAAGCUAUACCGGCUAUCCUUAGUGGGACCGACGUCUGCGCGCGGGCGGUAACUGGGUCUGGCAAGACAGCCGCCUUCCUGCUACCGUUGUUGCAUCUCCUCCUCACGAGAGCUCCCAUGAAGCAGACGCGUAUGAACAGCAAGCGUCGCUACAUCCGGGCCAUUGUUUUGGUUCCCACACGGGAAUUGGGUAUGCAAUGCCAGCAGGUUCUACAACAAUUUUUGGCAUUCACCACGGGUUUGCAAGUGUCACUGGCAAUUGGAGGCGUAUCACCCUCUGCCCAGCUGGCUGCCCUUGAGGCUUGUCCAGAUAUUCUUGUUGCAACACCUGGUCGGUUAGUUGAUUUGAUCCACAACCACAAGGGUGCACAAAGUGCUGUCGAUAUAACGGGGGUCGAAGUAGUUGUGCUUGACGAGUGCGACAAGAUGUUAACUGUUGUGCUCCGGGACCAGGUGGUGGACAUUCUCAAACGCGUGCCGGAGGAAACGCGUCAGGUAUUGAUGUUUUCUGCAACAAUGACGACAGAAGUAGAUGAGUUUGCGAAAGAACAUCUAUUUAAACCAAAGAAUGUGGACAUCGGCCAUGUUGCUCUUCAGGCCAAACUGCGUCAGCAGUUUGUUCGCGUUCGUCUGCAUGCUGAUACAUCCCUGCAACCUACUGAGGAAAAUCGCGGUGACGUAGCCCCUUCUGCGGAGGGGUGUCAAAAGAAGACCCGCUCUAAACGCUCGCAUGAUAAACCGCAGAGCGAAGGGCGUCAGAAUCACUCGGAGGAAUCUGAAAGCGAGGCGGAACACAUGACGAAGGUCAAGUCACGUUACUUGGUGGCGCUAUGCACAGGUUAUUUCCGAGAGAAAACGUUGAUAUUCACUCGCUACCGCACCACUGCACACCGAUUACGUCUCCUCUUCAACGUGAUUGGUUUUCCCAGCGUAGAGCUACAGGGUAAUCAGCUCCAAGAGGAGCGCUUCGCCUCUUUAGAGAAGUUCGCGUCUGGUGAAGUAAACUACCUCUUCUCCACUGAUGUCGCCUCGCGUGGAUUAGACAUAAAAGACGUUUCGACAGUCAUAAACUUCGAUCUCCCACCAACACUCACUGCAUACAUUCACCGAGUGGGCCGUACCGCCCGCAUCGGCGGUAGUGGGACCGCGGUCUCGCUGGUUGAUGAGAGCAGGGACUCGGAUAUUAUGCGAAAGAUACUGGCGGUAAGCGGUGUGGUGAGCAAUCAUCAAGCGGCCACCGUACGGCGUCGCGAUGUCCCAGAGGAGCUGCUGCAGGAGGCCAUUAAAAAGAUCGACGCCGCGUUUCCCCAAGUGCGGGCCGAACUUGCAGCGGAGGAACUGCACACGAAAAUUGAACGUGCGGAACGCCGGUACGGCCGAGAGGCAGGAGAGAAAAUUCUUACUGAAAGCGCCGCCGUGCGCCCGCGGAGGGUCUGGUGCCUGAGCCACACGGAACAAAAGAAACGUGAGGAGGAGGCCCGGCGGGUGUAUGAAACUGAAGCGGAGGUUACUGUCAACCAAUUUCAGCAGGAGUUGGCAAAUUGGGAUCGUGAGGAAAACAAGUUUUUGAAAAAGCAGCGUAAUGAGCGGCGGGCGCAGCGCGAAACGAAGGCCCGUGCCAAUGAAAGGGCGAAAAACGCCGCACGUGAACUGCAGCGCAAAUCACAAAACAAGUUACAGGCGGGUAUAGUGAAGAAGCUGAAGAAGAAAAAGAUACGUGAUGCGAGGAAGACAAGGCGGGCAGAAAGUAGGGAAAAGAAUGGGAAGCCCGCCUAUAAGCAUCGCGGUGGCGUGAAAAGUAUGAAGAAGUCGCGCCAUAAAAGGCGCAUGUCGAGGCAUUAA